CUCUGUGCGAAACCGUUGAACAGCCAUCAUAAAGUUCAGUCGGGGCGUAUGCAGAGGCUCACGUACUGUACACGAGUGUCCACACCAGGCAACAGUGAGCUACAUUCAUAUGCAAUGCCUGUUUACACAUCUGUGCAAUUAUUCGGGACUGUGGGUAAACUAUUAUAGCCAUUAGGUAUACAUGAAAAGCAAUUAAGUGCCUUGCGCAGCGAUUUCUAGCAGACGACUAAACCACACAAUAAAUAUAGAUCGACACACAGCGUGCACAAAAGUCUUUUUUUUUUUUUGCGUUCUAAUUUGACUUGGUUUGACGUUAAAUGUCGUAUUAUAAGUUCCUUUUUUUUCGUUUUCAUUCACCUAUUUCAAGUGAACGUACCCUGUCCACUUGGCCACUUGGCUAUUUGUCUGGCUUAGUUCGCGAGCGCGAAGAGUAUAGUGACAGCAAAUUAGCAAAUACAGGCACGAUUAAUAUUGAACUAUUAUGUCUGAGUGUAAUUGCACAGUCUUUUGUAUUGCAUUAUACAGACGGCCGUUGAUGUGUUUACUAUAUCAUCUAUCGUCUGCUAUCAAUUUAGCGUUCCAACAUGGACGGUUCCGCAGCAGCAUCCUCAAGGCCGUUUUCAUUCUCUGAACAAAACACUGCACACUUUUUGGUUUUCGACUUUGAUGGAGGUUGGGAUAAGUACCUAAAGCUUAUAUGUGACACACUCACCAAAGUUAUCGCACUUGCGCUCAACUUACGUGAAGGAUCGCCGCGCAUUGCCACGAUGGGAGUGUUCAUUUUAACAGACCGCGUCGAAUGCGUGUUCUCGUUCCAAUAUCUGAAAACAAGUCUGCGAACGUUAACUUCCGCGCUGUCUGCUCUAGUCUCUCGCAAAGAGUUUGCUCGGUGUGGCGAUGAUUCUCUCGGUUCUUUGUUGUCCGACCUGGCCGCUUACGUUGGAGUGCAGUACAAGGACUACUACAAGACUCGUCCGGCCUGUCCGCUGCACCUGGCCAUCUUCAGCACACGCUCGGACCGCCUGCUGGAGCGCAUCGAGACCCUGCGCUUGGAACCCGCUACGCGCGCCGUGCUGUACCAGCUGGAGACGCCAGCGGGGCUGUGGCAGCACGACGAGCGGUGUGUCGUCUCUCCCGCCACGUGGCUCAGCGUGGUGCGGCUUCCGGCCGAGGCGGUGGCGCUCGACGCCGCCCUCAAGAGUGUGCUGCUCAAGGCCAGGACGGCCCAGGUGCUGCUCUGCCUCAGCCAAGACGACACAGGGGAGGACAGUGACAUUCGGUGCCACGUGCGUGAAGUGCUGCUGCCUUUUGCGGACACAAGCGACCUCGGCUCCUCGCCGCGGCGGUUGCGAGCCGUGCGGCUGCUGCGUCGCGACGCGCCCUGCGAGAGCCUGGUGCACGGCGAGCCGUUCGCGUUGCGGCCGGAGCCCGGCGCCGAGGCCGCCCUGGCCGCGCUCUGCCGCCAGCUGAGGGCGCGCGGAUCGCUGCUCGCGCUCCAGGACGACGGCCGUCGGCGACUGCUGGCCCUGCCCGCCGCCGUGAGUGAAAUGAGAUGUCGAGGAAGCCGUGGUCGCCUUCGCCGCUCUGUUGGCCAGCCAGUGCUGGACCUCCAGGGUCGGGUCGAACAGCAGGACCUGCCACACUCUUAG